UAGUGAUUUUCAAUAACUUGAUCUAAAUGGCUCAUGUAAAUGCUGAAGCACAAGAGAUUAUAGAGUAUUUAGAGUCUAAUGACUUAAACGUUGUGAAGAAUUUUGUUGCUAUUGUACAAGAAAAGUUUUACAGUUCUCGCGACAAUGCACUGCUUGGUAUUUUGGUAGACACAUAUGUUCAAACAAAGUCUUCAAGAUUAGUUGAUGUUUUGGUUGGUGUCAAUGAUACUCAAGCUGUUUAUUUGUUUGAGAAAUUGAAUGACCAUUUAAAACACGGGGCUUUGAUGGAAGUUUGCACAUUACUGUUUUCAAUUGUUCGCAAACAGCCAUCUUGGUUACACAGAUUAGUCAAUACAACUCUUUUUGCUACAUUCCUAAAAUAUCUAAAGAAUGAAAAUGGUGUCGUUUUUAUAAUGACAGGUAUAAUCACUCUUUGUUCUUUAUUACCAUCUGUGCCAGCAGCUAUAGGUCCACAUCUUGGGGAUGUUUUAGAAGUGUUUGUUAGAACUUCUGGAAUGCUAGUUAAUAAAUCAGGAGAUAUUCCAGAAGUAUUUGUUCUACAUUUACGAAUUGGGUUAUAUAUAUUUUUUCAUCGUUUGUACACCAUGUAUCCUAAUAAUUUCACCUCUUACAUGAAAUCAAAUUUUGGAGAGCAAAAAAAUAAUUUAACUUUUCAGAAUGUAAUUCGGCCUAUGUUUGAAUUUGUGAAGUUUCAUUCAGAUUUAAUUACGGAGACAAGGAAAUCUGAAACACGAAUAGAGAAAUGGAAAAUAUACCAACCACAUGAUAUUAUUGCAGAAUGUGCUAAAAUCUCACUUGAUCCUGUUGAUGCUAUUAAAGAAGCAACAUAUAUUGUUGAUAUAAAACAAACAUUGCCCUCUGAACUAACUCCAAAAAAAAAUGAAAUAUAUUUUAGACAACAUCAUGGAAACCAAUCAAAAGUUUCCCAAAAUCAGGAACAACAGAUAAAUGCAGCUUUGCUUGAUAUAUCAAGUAGUCAAUUAUCUCUCUGCAAUCCAUCAGAGUUAUGUGGUUUAUCUAACCCUGCUUUGUCUAGGCCAAUGUCCCCAAGUAACAGUGCUCAUGAUUGUUUGUCUGUGAACAGUUUUAAACCUCUUUAUUCUGAAAAUGAAUCCAUUAGUAGCAUUCCUAAUUUAAUUGAAAAUCUUCUGGAACGAAAGUCUUCUGGUGAAUCGUCUCGAGAUUCUCCGAGUUUUAAGCUUAAAAACUUUGAAAAUGUGCCAAAAACUAAAGUAAAAAGAUGGAUGUCCAACACAGCGACUCAUUCAACUCCAUUAGAUCAAGGAUCUCCAAGAAUGAGUAGUUCGAAAUCUCAAUCAAAAAGACCUUGCUCCACAGAAGGACUCAUUGUAAAGAAAGAUCUUGCUAAAACAUUGAGUCUUGGAAUAUCUGACCAAUUACAUGUACAAUCAGCACCAGUUAGUCCAAUGGUUAAAUGUAACCAACAAUUUGUUUUUAGCUCAAAUAAUGUUGUAUCUCCCUUAUCCGAAAAAAAAUUAAAAGAAGAAUCAAUAGUUGAAUCAAAAAUAAAUAUGCCACUAGCAGAUGAUAAGGAAACAUCAAUUUCAUUAAAUCAAGUUAAUGAUUCAAUUUCAUUUAGUGAUGUACCGUCAAGUAUGCCAUUGUUCUCCACAAUAAAGGACAUGUUUGUGGAAUUAACAGUUAAACCUACUAGAAAAGAUUCAGAUGUUGUAGAUAUUGAUUGUAAACAUACUUGUAGAACUCGAAGCCCUUUAAGUUUACUUGAUGACUUCAUUCAAUAUGGUGCUGAUGUUCAUUUUUAUGAACUAAGCAGAAUUCCAUUAACUAGUCAGUUAGAUACUGAUUGGACGUAUUUUGGUGGUGCUACACCAGUUGAUGAAUUAAAAAUAUUACAGACGCAAAUCCAACUGCUACAUAUUCAGCUCUUAUAUGAGAGACAUAAAUGUGAACUUCAUUGUCUUAGAAACAGACGCUUGUUUGGAAAUGUGCAAAAAUCAGAAGGGCUACAACGUGAAAUUGAACUACUGAGAGAGCAGAUUGCCUUAACAGAACACUCAAUAAAAGAAACAAAGAAUACUUUGAAUGUGGCUUGCGAAGAACACAAAUUGUAUAAAAUGCAAGCAUUAGCAAAAGAGCAAGAGUUUCUGACAAUGAUUUCUGAGUUAGAAGAUAAAUGCAAAGCUCUACAGUACAAACUGAAAAAAUGCAAAUCAUCAAAAAAUGAGAUUCGAAAUAAAGUUGCUCAACAACAAAAGAUAGUUUUAAGGACAUCUCACCAGCUAUUCGAAAAAGAACAAGAGCUCCUUUUGUUGCAGCCCAAAUUAAAAAAUCUGCAUGAACACAAAAAUAAGUUAGCAAAGUUAACAAAAGAAAUUUUGAGGCAAUCAGAAAAGCAAGAGUUACUGAAAAAUCAAGUCAAAGAAUUUGAAUUCAAAAACCACCAUACAGUUGCACUCGAAAAUAAACUCAGUGCUCACAGAAGAGAGUUGAAACAAUUAGAAGAGGAACGUGACAUGCUCACGGUAGAGUUAGUUACAUAUAAAAAUAAGACCAACGAUCUCGAACUAUCUCAUAUUAAAAAAGAUAAACUUAUUCGCGAACAUCAAACUGAAAUCGAAAGUAUUAAAAAUAAACACAAGAUAGAAAUUAAGGUACUGGAGGAUCGGUUUAAUUCGGUCCUAAAAACAUGUCAUUCUCUUCAAUCAUAUAUAAGCUCAAUGUUUACUAACUUAGAGAACUCUGAUAAUCCACAUGGAGCGACAAAACCUUUUUCUAUGCGCAGUGUUAACUGUGGGGAAGGAUCACAAAAAUCAUCGCUUGCUGGAUUAGAAAGAAGAUCGCCUCAGCUAUACAAUAACUGCUUUACAUAUUCUAAAAUCCACGAAAACCCUUUCUCUCGAUCAAAAUCCUCUACUUCCAUCGGUCCUCAUUCAAGUGUCUUAUCGUCUUCUUUAGGUAGUGAAAAAGCGGAACUAUCCGUUUCUUCCGCAAGUGAUAAUCUUUGAAAACUUAACUAAAUUCCUUGUUCGCUAAAUUUCUUUUUAAAUUAACUUUUUAAAUUUGAUAUUUAUACAGAACCAUAUUUAAAAAA